AUGGCGUACAACGGCCCUGGCCAGGGCCGCGGGCUAGGCGGUAGCGGACACCCCAUGCAGGACCUCCCUGCGGGCGGCAACUACCACAUGCCGCCGCAAGAAAACGACGAAGAGGCCGGUCGCUACCUGCUCAACGAGCCCCCUGCCGCCGGGUACGAACACGAUCGGCUCGGCGCGCACACCCCCCCCGGCCGCCCCGUCUCCGCCUACAGCUUGACAGAGUCGUAUGCCCCGGGUGCCGCCCAACUUCCGGCUGCCGGUUCUGGCGGCUUCGGCGUCAACAACUACGGCCAGUACCCGCAAGACUCGGGCUUUGGCUAUGAGCGCCCCGUCUCGGCCGUCAACGACGAGGAGGAGAGCUGGGUGCAGCGCCAGCAGCAGCCUGGAGGCACCCGAGCCGGCGGCGGCCUGAAGCGCUUCAACACCAGGAAGGUCAAGCUUGUCCAGGGCUCGGUCCUGAGCAUCGACUAUCCCGUCCCCAGCGCCAUCAAGAACGCCGUCCAGGCCCGCUACCGCGACGUCGAGGGCGGCAACGAAGAGUUCAUGAAGAUGCGCUAUACGGCCGCCACCUGCGACCCCAACGACUUCACCCUCAAGAACGGAUACGAUUUGCGACCCCGCAUGUACAACCGACACACGGAGUUGCUCAUCGCUAUCACGUACUACAACGAAGACAAGGUCCUGCUCGCCAGAACUCUUCACGGCGUCAUGCAGAACAUCCGCGACAUUGUCAAUCUCAAGAAGUCGACCUUUUGGAACAAGGGCGGCCCCGCGUGGCAAAAGAUUGUUGUCUGUCUCGUCUUCGACGGCAUCGAAAAGGCCGACAAGAACACGCUAGAUCUCCUGGCCACUGUGGGCAUCUACCAGGAUGGUGUCAUCAAGAAGGAUGUCGACGGCAACGAGACGGUGGCGCACAUCUUCGAGUACACCAGCCAGCUCUCGGUGACACCCAACCAGCAGCUCAUCCGCCCCACCGGCGACAGCCCCCAGAACCUGCCGCCCGUCCAGUUCAUCUUUUGCCUGAAGCAGAAGAACAGCAAGAAGAUCAACUCGCAUCGCUGGCUCUUCAACGCCUUUGGUCGCAUCCUCAACCCCGAAGUCACCAUCCUGAUCGACGCCGGCACCAAGCCGAGCCCUCGCUCUCUGCUGGCGCUGUGGGAGGGCUUCUACAACGACAAGGACCUCGGCGGUGCUUGUGGCGAGAUUCACGCCAUGCUGGGCAAGGGCGGCAAGAAGCUCAUCAACCCCCUCGUCGCGGUCCAGAACUUUGAGUACAAGAUUUCCAACAUUCUCGACAAGCCGCUCGAGAGUUCGUUUGGGUACGUCAGCGUGCUGCCCGGUGCCUUCUCGGCGUACCGCUUCCGAGCCAUCAUGGGCCGUCCGCUGGAGCAGUACUUCCACGGCGAUCACACGCUGUCCAAAAUCCUGGGCAAGAAGGGCAUUGACGGCAUGAACAUCUUCAAGAAGAACAUGUUCUUGGCCGAAGAUCGAAUUCUCUGCUUCGAGCUGGUCGCAAAGGCCGGCCAGAAGUGGCACCUGACCUACAUCAAGGCCGCCAAGGGGGAGACCGACGUGCCCGAGGGCGCCGCCGAGUUCAUCAGCCAACGUCGACGAUGGCUCAACGGCUCCUUUGCCGCCUCGCUCUACUCGCUGAUGCACUUCGGCCGCAUCUACAAGAGCGGCCACAACAUCAUCCGCAUGUUCUUCUUCCACAUCCAGCUCAUCUACAACUUCCUCAACCUCAUCUUCUCCUGGUUCUCUCUGGCCUCGUACUAUCUGACCACCACCGUCAUCAUGGAUCUUGUCGGCACCCCCGUCGUCUCCAACGACCCCACCGUGGCGCACCACGGCUGGCCCUUUGGCGACACGGCGACGCCCAUCAUCAACGCGCUGCUCAAGUACCUCUACAUGGCCUUUGUGAUUCUCCAGUUCAUCCUCGCCCUGGGCAACCGGCCCAAGGGCUCCAAGUUCACCUACAUUGCCUCGUUUAUGCUGUUUGGUCUGAUCCAGGGCUACAUCCUUGUGCUCUCUGGGUACCUGGUGGCCCGAGCCUUCAACACGCCGCUCGCGGACCAGAUCUCGCUCGACUCGGGAGCCGACUUUGUACGAAGCUUCUUCUCCGGAUCCGGCGCGGCAGGUGUCAUCUUGAUUGCCCUCAUCACCAUCUACGGCCUCUACUUCAUCGCGUCGUUCCUGUACCUCGACCCCUGGCACAUGUUCCACUCGUUCCCCUACUACAUGCUGCUCAUGUCGACGUACAUCAACAUCCUGAUGGUCUACGCCUUCAACAACUGGCACGACGUGUCGUGGGGCACCAAGGGAUCCGACUCGUCUGACGCUCUUCCCUCGGCCCACAUCACAAAGGGCGAAAAGAACGAGGUGGUGGUGGAGGAAAUCGAAAAGGAGCAGGAAGACAUUGACAGCCAGUUUGAGCAGACGGUGCGCCGAGCCCUGGCGCCCUUCAAGGAGCCGGACGAGGUGGAGAAGAAGGACGUCGAGGACUCGUACAAGUCCUUCCGAACCGGCCUGGUCGUCUCCUGGCUCUUUUCCAACAUUGUGCUGGUUAUUGUCAUUACCAGUGACAACUUCAACUCGUUUGGCAUCGGGAAAUCGGCAUCGGUCCGCACGGCCAAUUUCUUCAAGUUUUUGCUGUACGCCACGGCGCUCUUGUCGCUGGUCCGGUUCUUUGGAUUCCUGUGGUUCUUGGGCAAGACUGGCAUCAUGUGCUGCUUCGCACGGAGAUGA